AUGUCUGCCUCGCCGAACGCACUGGCCUCGUCCAGCCGAAUCAAGCUCAACCCCGCCGAAGAGAAGUUCUGCGCGCUCCUCAAUGACUUCUCGGCGAGCUACGACCCACCAGUCGAGUGUCGGAUCGCAGGUGGAUGGGUCAGAGAUAAGCUCCUCAACCUCCCAUCAUCCGACCUCGAUAUCGCCCUGCCUUUGACUUCAGGCUUCGACUUUGCUUAUUCCUUCGUCUCUUUCCUGAAGGACAGACAUGACGAUGUCGCCGUCGGAAGCGUCGGGAAAGUCGCUGCCAACCCAGAUCAGAGCAAGCAUCUCGAGACGGGGACGACGAGGAUCAUGGGGCUGGAGUGCGAUUUUGUGGGGUUACGAAGCGAGACGUAUACGGACUCGAGGAUACCGAACGAGAAACUCGGAACGCCUCUGGACGACGCAUUACGGCGAGACCUCACCAUCAACGCCCUCUUCUACAAUGUCGCUUCGCAGACCGUCGAGGAUCUCACUGGAAAGGGACUCGAUGACCUCGAAGCUCGGAUAGCUCGGACUCCUCUUCCACCGAAGCAAACCUUCUCUGAUGAUCCACUCCGGGUUCUGAGGACUAUACGCUUUGCUGGGCGGUUUCAGCUACGCGUGGAAGAAAGCGCAGCAGAGGCGGCGAGGGAUAAGGAGGUGCAGGCGGCACUGCGGACAAAAGUCUCGAAAGAGCGGAUAGGCAUCGAAAUCACCAAAACCAUCGAAAAGUCCCCUCUACUCGGCCUUCAGCUCAUCUCGGAUCUCGGCUUGCAUGACUCGAUAUUCACCUGUCCGGGCUUGACCACGAAUCCACCUCGAGAGUCGGCGCUCCAGAUGGGGUUGGUGCUGGACGAGGUGCUCCGGCGAUGGGGCGAGAAGGUGGAUGGCGUAGAGCAUCUCUGGUUGGGAGCUGCUCUUAGGCCAUUUGAUGGCGAGGUGGUCAAGGGGAAGAAGGAGUUGCCGGCUGUUACUGUCGUCAUCGCCGAGGGACUGAAGGUGAGCUUUCUUUCCAAUGAAGCCAACCGAGCUGCCUCCAACCUGUUUGUCGCCCAGACACUGCUGGAUCCUCACGCGACCGACCGAGCAGAGAUCGGCGUCGUACUCCAGAACCAAGCGGUGCGGCCCUGGCGGCGCUCGGUCGUCUGGGCGCUGGCUCAGCGGAUUCUGUCUCAAUGGGAAAAGGACGGAAAGUGGACAGAGGCGUCAGAGGCGGAGCUGCAAUUGUGGAAGGGGUAUGCGAAGAGGGUGGAGGAGCUGUGUCUGGAGGAGGCCAUCGAUAAGCCCUUGAUGCUGACGUUAAAGGGUAAAACACUGCUCCCGCUCCUAUCGAUCAAGCCCGGCCCGCUCGUCCAGGUCAUUCUCAAGUCAAUCAACAUCUGGCAGCUCAAUCACCCAGACGCGAGCAAGGAAGAUUGCGAGAGCUGGGUGAAGGGGAUGUGGGAAUGUGAGGGGAGGAAGGAGUGGGAAGCGGCGGUACCGGCUCCGCCGACGAAGGAGAAGAAGCCGAAGGCGGAGAAGGCGGACAAGGGGGAGAAGCGGAAGAGAUAG